AUGGCUACCCCCAGUGUCCUUACUUUUGAUGCUGAGGGCCGUGCCGUUGACUUUGAGGUCUGGGUCGAUGACCUCCAGCUGUUUCUCCAGUGCGAUAGGGCAGACGGACUCUCUCUGAUCGAUCUCACCUCUGGUGUCUCUCCUGCCCCGCCUGCUACUGCUGACAACACUUUUCGCUCACAGUGGGCUACACUCGAUGCUGCUACUCGCCUUGCUGUGCUUACACGCUACUCUUCCCCUGCCACUGCUGCACUGAGCCGCCUCAUGCUACCGUACCUCUUCCCUGACCUUGCUGCCUUUCCCACAGUCGCUGACCUCAUUACGCACCUCCGCACUAGUGACACUCGCUACCGCGCUGCGCUUCCUGCUGAGUUCUGCGCCAAGAACCCCCCCCCCAUAUACAUCACCCUCUACUACAUAGUCACCCGGCUCCCUGACUCUCUUCGCGUAGUCAGGGACCACUUCCUCUCAGUUUGCCCCACCACUCUCACCGUUGACCUCCUCGAGAAGGGCCUCCUAGCAGCUGAGAAGAGCAUCAUCGCUGUAGGAGACUCUCGUGGUGACCCUCGCACCCCCGUCUUUGAGGGGUGUUUCCCCUCCCCACUCUUGCCCUCUGUUGCUUCUGCUACUGCGGCCGACCUCGUUGGUUCGGUCGGCGCUGCGUGUGCCCCUAGCGGGAGACGCCGCACCGGCAAGGGCAAGGGGGGCAAGGGCGUUGGAGGGGCUGGCGGGGGCGGUGGAGGUGGUGGUGGAGGCAGUGGAGGGGGUGGGGGUGGUGGUGGGAGUGGUGGCGGGGGUGGCGGCGGCGGCAGCAGCAGUGGAGGCGGAGGAGGCGGCGGUGGUGGCGGAGGGAGCGGAGGCGGCGGAGGUGGCGGAGGAGGCGGAGGUGGAGGAGGCGGCGGAGGCGGCGGCGGCGGUGGUGGAGCGAGUCGCGACUUUGCGCAGAGGAGUGGCUCAGGUGGUGGUCCGCGCCAGCAGCAGCGGAGUGGUGUGACCCUGUCCCCUCAGCAGCUUCGUGAGUGGUACGCUGCGCGUCAGCGCGGUGGGGGUACUGGUCCCUGCACUUACGUCCUCCGUACCGGUGACCGAGCUGGUGAGCAGUGCGGGGGCCCGCACGCCACCCAGCGCUGCUUCGGUCGCCUGACGGACGCGUGGCGUCGCCAGUUCCCUGAGGCGUCAGAGAUCCCUCGCUGGGGAGAUCUGUCUAGGGCGGGGGUUGCCAUCUUUGAUCUUGACUAUGAUGCUAUCCUUGCUGCCAUGUAUUCUGUGACUACUAGUGUUGAGGGUGACUGUUACCUGUGUGUACCGCCUGACCCGGGCAUUGAGGCCACUACUCUAGAUGCUGGUGAGGCUGCUGCUCUAGGUGCUAGUGCGUCUGCUAGCCCAGGUGCUAGUGCGUCUGCUGCCCCAGGUGCUGGUGAGUCUACUCUGUCAGGUACUACGCCGGCUCAGGCCUUACACACCUUCACCCUUGACUCGGGUGCGUCCCGCUCCUUCUUUCGAGACCGCACCACUCUUACGCCGCUCAAUCGGGCGGUUGCAGUCUCCCUAGCGGACCCCUCUAGGGGUCCUGUCCUUGCUAGCUUCUCCACUGUCUUACCGUGCCUCACAGCCCCCUCUGGCACCCUGUCACGUCUCUACCUCCCCUCGUUCUCUACGAACUUGGUGAGUGGAGCGGACCUACAGGAUAGGGGGGUUGACCAGUUCACUCCUGCGAGUCAGCGAGUGACCCACUGA